GGAGCGAUGGAAAGCGUACGACCGGUCAUAGAACAGAAGAGAGAACAGAAAACUAGAGUGCUAAAGGUGAAACUGAGGAGGUCGAAGGCCAACGCCAGGGAGAGGAACCGGAUGCACGGCUUGAACGCUGCUCUGGACAGAUUAAGAAGUCGAAUGCCUAUCCAGCUGACGCACUCGGACCUAAAUUCGGCUCCUCAGAAGUUGUCCAAGAUAGAAACCCUCCGCCUGGCCAGAAACUACAUCAUAGCUAUGACCCAAACGCUCCAAGAAGGCCGGCCGAUGGAUAUCGCGAGGUUCAUAAAAAUUCUGAGCAGGGAGCUGAGCCAGACCACCGCCAACUUACUUGCGGGGACUUUAAUGGGGAGUAUAAAUGGAAAUGCCGCACAUAUGGCCUACUAUUUUGGGGAACCGGAGAACUAUCCUUACGAUUACGGAGUGGAAGGGGCCAAGUAUAACCAGCAGCCCUUCUACGAGGAGGGUUACGGGAGCUGUUGGCCAAACUACAAGAUGCCGGACGUGCCUUUCAAGUACAACUCGAAUAAGAACUUUCAUGGGUUUAGAUACUGGGAGGGGAACGGUAAUAGCUACGUGUUAAAUAAUCACUGCUUUUAUGGUAAUAGUAAUUACCAGUAUCAGCUCUGUUGAAUGUGUGGUGAUUCAAUUAUCUCUAGUCAUUUCAAAAUUGAGUCUCAAAUUGUGAUAUUUUUUAUCAGUGCAAUUUUUCAUAGUGUAAUAAAAUCUUAUGUCCAGGAGAAA